UUAGGUCUUAAUUUAAACAAUGGAGUUCAAUUUCAAAUUUAACGCCGAGGAUAUGAUUUUAAAGAAACGAACUACCAGAGAAAAUAUCGAUUUAAUAAAAGAUUGGUUAGAAACGACGAAACCAAAAUAUGUACCUCUACAAAUCCAAGAAGAGUUAAUAAUAUUAUUUCUGUUAUCUUGUGACAAUAACACAGAACGAACGAAGGGGACUAUCAUCGCUCACUUCAAAAUGAAGAAAGAAGCUCCAGAAAUAUUUGACGGUAGAGAUAUGUAUAGAGAUGAUAUUCAGAAGGCGUUUAAAACCUAUAGAAUGAUCAGUUUGCCCGGCAGAACCGCUGAAAACUAUCAAAUUUUAUAUCUGAGUUUGCGGGACUCAGAUUUUAGAAACUUCGAUCUGGUACCUAUUUUGAAAGCAACCUACAUGCUCCUAGAUGUUGAACAUGACGAUAAUCCUCCUGCUGGUGCCAUUUAUCUAGCUGAUAUGAAAGGGUUCGGAUUUAUGCAUGUUUUCAAACUAAGGCCAGAUCCAAUCAGAAAAUACAUGCAUUACCUCGGAGAAGGUGUUCCGGUUCAAUUUAAAGGAGUUCAUUUUAUCAAUGGAAACUAUUUUUUGGACAAGGCGAUGCUUCUUGUAAAGGCAUUCCUCAAACCCGAAUUGUUUAAUUUGCUGAAGAUUCAUCAAAAAGGUUGGAAUCCGAGUGAACUGUUUCCCAAAAGCAGCCUUCCGAAGGAACUGGGAGGAGAUUUGGAAAGUGAAGAAGAACUUUGCAACAAAACGAUCGAAUUAUAUAAAGAGAAACAGACUUUCUGGGAAAAAGAAGAAAAAUGGAGGCAUCAGUACCAUUAGAAAUUAGAAUCAGCAUUAAUUUUGAAUAUAUCUAAUUUUAUGUUUAAUAAAUACAAUAGUGUUA